CCCUCCUGCUGCUGCGAUUGGACCGCUGUUGCCAAGGAAGCAGCCGUGUGACCCUUCACCCCGGCGGCGGCGGUGGCGCAGGGAGAAGCGGAAGUGGCCGGUUGGUGCGAGUGGGACCAAGUUUUGGAGGAUAUAUUUCUGAUUGGUAAGGAUGGCAAGUAACCCCUCAGUGGCUAUGCUCAGCAAAGUAAUUGAGCAGCAAAUGCUGCAAACAACAGAAAUGGUUGAACAACAACUAGAUACAGAGAUUGAAAAAUAUGAAAAGAUGGGUGGAGAAGAACUGGAGCAACUUCGAGAAAGAAGGCUGGAAUCAAUGAAAAAAGCACAACUUCAGAAGCAGGAAUGGCUUUCAAAGGGCCAUGGUGAAUACAGGGAGAUUCCCAGUGAAAAAGAUUUUUUUCAAGAUGUUAAGGAGAGUAAAAAUGUGGUGUGCCAUUUUUAUAGAGAUACCACAAUGAGAUGCCAGAUAGUAGACAAACACUUGACUAUUCUGGCUAAAAAGCACGUUGAAACCAAGUUUAUUAAAUUAAAUGCAGAGAAAGCUCCUUUCCUUUCGGAGAAAUUACGAAUCAAAAUAAUUCCAACAAUGGUUCUGGUGAAAGAUGGUAAAGCAAAAGAUUACAUUGUUGGGUUUGAUGACCUUGGUUCCACUGAUAACUUCACUACAGAGACUUUGGAAUGGAGAUUGGGUUGUGCUGACAUCAUUAACUACAGUGGAAAUCUGAUGGAACCACCUUUUCAGAUGCAAAAAAAAAGUGGAAGUAUCACAAAGAUGGACAAAAGAACAAUUAGAAGAAAGAACAAUGAUUCGGAUUCAGACGAUGAUUAGAUUGUUAAGCAUGUUUCUUGAGCUGCAGAAUCUUUAUUCUUAAUUGUUCAACUUUAAUUUCAGUAAUUACUCAUCAAUUUUCAUAGACUAAUAAAAAAUAAAUUAUUAUUGCAAUAGAAAAUGACGACUUGAAGGAUGAUAACUGUUAGGCAGAUACUUAGAAUGUAGUUCCACGAAUUAAGCUGAAAAUUAUUUGUAAUUUAUGUGCUUUGCUGCAGUCACAUUAGUUUCAGGAUGUUUUGGUUCAGUGCAGUUCUAAAAUGAGAGUUUAGUGUGAAAUCUACAGAGUGCCACGAUGGACAGCCAAUGUUGUAUGGGGAGGAUGAAGUAUUGAUUGGGUUUUUGAAUGGCCCUUCGGUUUAUAUACUUGGUCUUCUAAUUCCUAUUAUUUUGUUUGAGAUGCUCAAAAAUUACAUGAUGGUCCCGACAUUGAGCAACUUGAGGCUCGGAAAUAGGAUCCAUCUGUAAAAUGUUGAAGUCAACUGUGCCUUCUGGAAUUGCAUACUGUGACAGAGCUCGGAGUAGACUUCUUGGUUCAGGCAUCCAAUAAAGAAUCAUACACGAUUAUUCCCUUUA